AUGGCAGUUAAUUCGUUACAUUAUGGCUUCCAAUCUACUGGAGCUCACUUUAUUGACUUUAACGAUAUCCAUUUAGAAUCUGAUGAAAAGGCAGAAGAUCUUUACCAACGCCUAUCAGCUUUUGUUGAAGAUAACUUACUACGACAAGGUGGAAAUAUCACACAUCAUGGUGUCGACGUUACCGAAGAUGAAGAAGCCUCGCCAACAUUGGAAAAUCUGGUGGUACUAAGUUGGUUGAGACUCAUCCACCACGACCUGCCCAAACUUGUGAAACAACGUUAUGGCACGGAAUUGAGAACACGCACUCUUGCUUCCAUAAAACCUGAAAUCUCCCAAGCUUUGGAAUCUCUGCUUCUCGAGAUCCACACCAGAACUAUGCGAACAAGCACAGGUGACCAGUUUUUAUUUUCUAGAGGCAAUCCGAAGGCUAGCAAUGGGCGAACCACAACCAAACCUAACCGAGCAACUAAGGUUUGUCCUAAAUGUCAGCAAGCUAAGCGACCAUACUUUAAUCACUUUUUAAGUGAGUGUCGAUUCUUACCCGACCAAGAUCGUAAAUUCUUGGCAAAAGCUAGACAGAUCACGAAGGUCGUGGACGAUACUUCUGAAUUUCCUCAGGAAGAAAAUACUGGCCCUUCACAUUCGGAACCGGCAACAACAUUACGUGUACAAGUAAGACAAUCACCUUAUCUCAACGCAUUCUAUGCCCACCAUGUAGCACACAUCACCAUAGAUAGUGGUGCUACAGGAAACUUGAUUAGCCAUUCUACCGUUAAAAAAUUCGGCAUCGUAAUGUCCAAAAGUUCCCAGUCAGCACGGCAGGCAGAUGGCCAAUCACCACUCAAAGUCAUUGGCGAAGUUAUAUUAUAUUCACUAGAGAUGAUAGAUCUUUUACAUUUGAAGGAAUGGUUGUAUAGUCACUUGACGUUGAAAUAUUAG